ACUUCGAGCUAGAGUGACCUGGGACCCUUUGGCAGAGAUGAGGGUGGCGCUCUGGGCGCAUGCCCCGGACACGCCCCAUGGAAAUCGCUCCAGGGAUCCGUCACUGAACUUAGUCUUGAGCACCGCUGGCCAGGUCUGUGCGACAGGUCCCACUUCCCUGCCCGAGUGGGGUAGCUCUGGGCUCCCUCCACGAUCUCCACCUGUGCUUUUGAAUGUUCCAGAGGGUCAGUUUCCUGUGCGGGUAAAUUCUGCGCCCAGCACCUCUCAUCUUCCUCCUCCCUCCCCGCCUCCUGGACACCCCGGGUCGCUCUGUCCCCGCCGCACUCUCAUCGCCCCCGCGCGCCCCGGCGCAGCCUCCCCGCCCCGCGCCGCUGCCCUGGGGCUCUCGGCGCCCCGGAGCCAGGGCCCCGCUGCGUCCUCCUUGCUGCGAGCUGAGUCCUCCGGAGUCCCCUGGGCCAUGAGUAUCUGCGUUGCCCCCCGCCAUCCCACGGGCGCUGCUGCGGCGCUGGGGCUCGGUAGCCUCUUGGUGCUGCUCGGGCCGGGACGCGCGUGCCCCGCGGGCUGUGCUUGCACCGACCCCCAUACCGUGGACUGUCGCGAUCGCGGGCUGCCCAGCGUGCCCGAUCCCUUCCCCCUGGACGUGCGCAAGCUGCUAGUGGCCGGCAACCGCAUCCAGCAGAUCCCCGAGGACUUCUUCAUCUUCCAUGGAGAUCUGGUGUAUCUGGAUUUCAGGAACAACUCGCUGCGCUCGCUGGAGGAGGGCACGUUCAGCGGCUCGGGCAAGCUGGCCUUUCUGGACCUGAGCUACAACAACCUCACCCAGCUGGGGGCCGGCGCCUUCCGCUCGGCGGGGAGGCUGGUCAAGCUGAGCCUGGCCAACAACCACCUGGCCGGUGUACAUGAGGCUGCCUUCGAGAGCCUGGAGUCCUUGCAGGUGCUGGAACUCAACGACAACAACCUGCGCAGCCUCAACGUGGCGGCUUUGGAUGCGCUGCCGGCACUGCGCACUGUGCGCCUGGACGGGAACCCCUGGCUGUGUGACUGUGACUUCGCUCACCUCUUCUCCUGGAUUCAGGAGAACGCAUCCAAAUUGCCCAAAGGCCUCGAUGCCAUCCAGUGUUCACUGCCCAUGGAGGACCGGAGGGUGGCCCUGAGGGAGCUGUCCGAAGCUAGUUUCAGCGAGUGUAAGUUCAGCCUGUCUCUCACAGACCUAUUCAUCAUCAUCUUCUCUGGGGUGGCUGUGUCCAUUGCUGCCAUCAUCUCCAGCUUCUUCCUGGCCACUGUGGUACAGUGUUUCCAGAGGUGCGCCCCUAACAAGGACACAGAAGAUGAGGAUGAUGAUGAAGAUGACUGAGCCACCUCCUCCUGCUCUUUGCUUUCCCACACUCAGCCAGUGGCACCUCUCCAAGGGAGACUGAUGCUGAAGACAGAAGCAUCGCAUCACUCCAGGCAGUAAACGGGAUGGAGCUUGCCUAGAUGCACCCGCUGGGACAGCCGAUCCCAGCGCAUAGAAUCAGCAGAGUAGAGACGCAGGAAGGAUGGAGAGAUUCACUCUUAAGCAGAGCCGGCCUCCCAGGCUGGGGGACUCAUGUGUGUGAAGAUAAUCAACUCAGGCUUCAUGGCUUACAGCUUUACAACCCUCCCAAGCUGAAGUGAGAGCUCACAGCUUCUGACCUCAGAGUUGUUUGGGCCGUUCUUAUUACAAGUUGCACAAUGGACCAUGAGCCCUCUUCCCCCUGAAAGACAGUAGUGUUCUCAGUGUAGCUUCGUGUCGAGCUCCUUCUCCACGGGAGCAGGAAUCCUUUUCUUCUAUAGAAGAUCCCAGCAGCCUUGAGAUGUUAGACCAAGAGCAAACACAUCUAUUUGCCAUAGACAAUGUCUGUCUCCCCUGUGUUGCUGCGAUAGUAUCUCACACCCAAACGCGAUGAACGUGGGUUGAUGCGCGAUGACCUGAGCCCGCAGUACCGAGCUGUCGGGCUGGGGACCUAGACCUGAGGCGGAGGCUCACAAGGGGACCCACUCCUUCAGGGUGUUUUGAAGAGGGCCCUUUGGAUAUGAUUCAGUCUUGAGACCUAGUGCAUUUGCUGCCCUUAUAAAUCAGACUUCGGGGGCCUCCCUGUCCCUUCUAUCCAGUGAGGACCCAGUGAGAGGGUCUAUGAACCAGGAAGGGGUCUCUCACAGGAACGCAACCAUACUGGUGCCCUAGCCUCUACCUUCUAGCCUCCCAAACUGAGAGGAAUAAAUGUUUGUUAUUUAUAAACCCUCAUGUCUGUGACUGGGGGGUUGGGGGAGAAUAGAAGCUCAAGGAUACUAGGACACCAUCUUUAGCUGAAAUGUUACCAAAAAAUAAAAGCUUAGGUUUUGUC